AUGGAAAAGUUUUCUUGGCGUUGUAUACGUAUAGUUAAAUGGAAACAAAAUGUGCUAAAGAGGGAAUUUAGUAAAUAUUCAAGCACACAAAAGGUACAUAAUAAUAGUGGUAAUAAUAAUGGUAAUAAUAGUGGUAAUAAUAAUGGUAAUAAUAGUGGUAAUAAUAAUGGUAAUAAUAGUGGUAAUAAUAAUGGUAAUAAUAGUGGUAAUAAUAAUGGUAAUGAUAAUGCGAAUCCUAUGGUUAAGCAAAAUAUAAAACCCUUUUCAGAUACACAUACAUAUAGUGAUAUAGAUUCCAAUAGUAAGCAGAUUAUUGAAAGAUAUCAAAAUUUGAUAAAAGAGGCGAAUAAAAAUCAAGAGGGGGGAGAAAAGGCACAAAAGAAAGAAGAUCGUUUUCCUCAAAAUUUAGUGAGUAAGUAUAAUGGCCAAAAUAAUGGCCAAAAUAAGGUAAAAGAUAUGGAUAAGGUAAACGAUAUGAAUAAGGUAAAAGAUGAUAACACUAACUUGACUCCAAAUAAAGACGAAAAAUACAUAAUUUUAAAAAAACAAAUAACAAAAGAAUUUAUUCAUAAAGUAUUUUUACCCCAUGUUGAAUCACAAAUAAUUUAUCAUAUAAAAACUUAUACCCCUGAUCAAAUUGUAAAUAUUUUUCACAUCUAUUCUUAUUUAUACUAUUUUGAUAAAAAAAAAGAAAUAGUAGAUCAAUUAUUAGAAUAUUUAAAAUAUCGUUUAGAUUGUUUUAGUGUAAAUAAUAUAGUACUAGUAUUAGAACCACUAUAUAUAUUAAAUAAAAUUAAUAAUAUAUAUAUAUAUAGAUUAAUUAUAAAUUAUAUUAAUAAAAUAUCAGAUAAAUUUAAUUUAUAUAAUUAUAUUGGUAUUUCCAGAAUUUUUACAAAAAUAUUAAUUGAUUUGUAUGCUCAAGAAAAUUCUACAACUAAUACAAAAAUAGUUUUAACAAAUUUAUUAAAAUAUAUAAGACACUCAAAAUAUAGAAAAGAAUUACCUUUAAAUCAAAAAAAUAUAUCACAUAAAAUUUUUAUUAUUCAAUUUAUGAAUCAAAUAAUUGAUCGAAUCGAUAGUCAAUUACAUUUGUUAUCAGCCAUUGAACUAACUGAUAUGUUAACAGUUAUAUCAAAUUAUUCAUUUAAAAAUGAUUAUUCGAAAUAUUAUAUCCCAAAAGAGUUAGCUAAAAAUAAUUCAGAAUCAAUAGAACCUCAAAAUAAAGAUGAACAAACAUCUACAUUAUUUAAUGAGUCUUAUACUCAUACAUUAACACAAAAUAAUGCAUAUUUUUUUAAAGAAAAUGUUAUGUAUUUUAUAAUUAUAAAAGAAAUGAUAAAAAAAUAUGAUAAUUUAACUACUUUGCAUAAAAUAACAAAUUUAUAUAGUUUAUCAAAAUUAUGUAUAUAUGAUGAUGAAUUUAUUCAAUUAAUUGAAAAAGACAUAAAUAAUUAUCAUUAUAUAAAUAAUAUUCAUCAUAAAUAUUUAGCAUUAUUAGUUUGGUGUUUAUUUAAAUUUAAAAUUUUAAAUAAACAUAUAGAUAAAUUAAAACCGAUAAUUAAACAAAAUAUUUUUAAUUUUAAUGCCAAAGGUCUUUCAAGAUUAUGUCAUUCUAUUUCAUCCGAAAAAGAAAUAUUACACAAAAUAGCUAACAAUCUAAUUAAUAAUAUACCAAAUAUGACUAUUAACGAAUUUUUAUGUUAUUUUUAUUCAGUAGUUUAUCUUGACUUAUUACCAUUUUAUGAUUCCCCUGAUGGAAAAAAUUAUGAACAGGACAUAAAAAAAAAAAAUUAUAGUAAUGAUCACCGAUCACAAGUAAAUGCAAAUCAAGAUCUUGGCGAUAAAAAUAUAACUGGAACUAAUGAGUUACAACUUUUAAAUAAAAAUGAUAUAUUAAAAAAGUGUAUCGAUUUCAUUAAUGAUAAUAAAAAAGAUUUAGGAAAAGAUGAAAUGACAAAAAUUGUUUUGCUUUUAAAGAAAAAAGGUCAAGGAAAGUAUCUACAUGUAUUAGAUAUGUUGCCAGAAGAAUGGAAAGGUAUUCUUCAUUUGAUAAACUAG